AUGAAGAAAGAUGACACUGAAGUAGCACUUUUGAGCUUAAAAAGCUCUCCAAUUUUAAAAUCUAAUAAGACUCCAAAUUUAGAAGUUCAUAAUGGUGUGCAUCAAGAAGAUAGUAAACCUACAUUCAACUCUUCCUCUGAAUAUCAUAUCAGAACAUCACUAAGUAAUAAAUCUAAAACUCAGGACAAAAUAUUACGCAACAUUAUGGAUAAUGAUAUAAAUCAAAAAAAAGACGCAAGUAAAUCUUCAUAUGCUGUUGAUACGAAAAAAUUUCUGCUUACGAAAACUGAUCCAGCUUCUCCAAAAAACGAGCUUAAAUUUUCAGAUGUAGUUGGUAUCAAAAAAACGCUUUUUACUAAAACUGUUUCAGCACCGCCAAAAAACAAAAAUUCAUCUUCAGAGAAUAAUGAUACAAGAAAUGAACGAUUACCUGGAUUAAGUUCUAAUUUAUCCGAAAAUGAUAAUUCCACGUCGCCAAAGAAAGUUGUGAAAGAUUAUCGUACCAUUCAUAUAUAUAAUGUUGAUGUACUGGAUACAGCCAAUAAUAAUAGCAAAAUCACAGUUACUGGUAACUUAAAAAAUCCAAAUUCGUUACCGACCAAUAAUAGCAACGUAAACGAUUUAAGUAGUUUUAUUACAAGUAAUGAUAUAAAUACAGUUGCAACUAAAAUUAUUGAUAAAAACGUAGAUCUAGCUCAAAAUUUUAACAUCAAUAAAAUUGAAGAAGCUAACAAAAACGAUAGCAUUGUCUUACAUGAAUUUGAUAAAAAAAAAUUAAAUAGUGAUGUGAGCAACAACACAGUAACCACUAAAAAAGGGUCAGUAAAUGUUAUAAAAACUAAAACUUUAAUUAAGACUGAUGAAGAAGAUAUAAAAACAAUUGAAAACAAUAGUUUAAAAGGUCAUUCUAAGAUUUUUUUAAAUGAACGUAAAGAUCACACUAAUGCUCACCUAAACAAAGAAAUAAUUUCUAAAACUGAGCAAAAGUCAUUAGAAAUAAAUACGAACGAUUCUUUAAACAGCCUAAAAAAACAAUUUUCACAUAGUAUCAAUAACACAAAUAUAAAUAAAGAUGUGAAUAAACUUAACAAAAAUGAAAUUAGCACAAUUUCAAAAGAAGAUGAAACUUCAAAAACGCAUAUUAUCGAGGAAAAAUAUAGUAAAAUCUCAUCAAUAUCGGAUUUGGACAAAGUCACAAAUAUGAUUAACCAGAAUGGAGAAAUGAUCAACAUAAUUAAUAUACUACAGUCAAAAGUUCAAGCACCGAUAUUAUCAAAGAAUGAUUCAAUAUUAACUCCUAAAGAUACCAUAGUUAUUCAAACGGCACCUGAUCAGAUUCAAUGUUUUUUGAAAGCAAGUGUGGGUAUUAACAACGAAAAAAUCAGUUCUUCGGAAAUGAAUAACCUAGAACUAAAAUUCGAUCUUCCUGCACUUAAUGAUGAAAAGCUAAUAAAAAAAUCUAACUCUGAUUUAAAGCAAUCUAUAAAAAAACUUAAUGCAAUUACAGCUGUUGAAACUACUGAUAAUGGUAUUUUGAAUAAAGUUGAUUCACCGAAUGUUACAGAAAAGUUAGUGUUCCAGGAUCUAAAUAAAAGUGAUUCGACAUGUAAUCAAAUCAAAAGCAUACAAUCUUACACGUCGCCGAAUGAUUUGUUUUCUACUUCCAAAUCUUCAUUAGAUCGAAAUAAAGCUUCUCUCACUUUGAGCAUGGGAAAUGAGUUUUCACAUGAAAACGAUAAAUCAAUUGAACCUUCUAAGAUAGCACCACAAAUAAAACUCGAAGUGAUAAAAACUAUUCAGACAAAAAAAUUUCUUGCUUCAAUUUCAAAAUCACUAGCAAAACAUAAUUCAAGUACUAUAAAUAGUCCAUUUCCUUCCGUUGAUUUAGAUACUUACAAGAUUAAUGAUGACAAUAGACCUGAAGUUAAUACUGACUCACUUAAUUCUAACAAUGUAGCUCAAGAACAAACACCAACUUAUAGGACUCCGGAAAAAUUCCAAAGCGUGUUUAAAUCAAAACUAUCUUUAACAACGAGCAUUAGUAAUAAUGAUUUGGUAACCGAAACGUACAAUGGUUCUGGUUUGUCGGAUAAUGACAACCUCGAAACUUCAGCGACUGAAUCUAAUUCAGUGAACAAAUUAUUCAAAUCUUCUGAAAUUAAAACACCAAAAAGUUUUUUUACGACUCAAAUCAAAUCAAUCAUGGAUGAUCAAUCUAAACUGGACAUCAAUAUUAACAAACUGAAGCCAGAUUUAAAUAUCCAUAAUAAAACGUUAAAGCAAUUGAGCAAAUCCUCUGGCUCUAGUAUUAAUAGCAAUAAAAACCGUUUCGUUGCUUCUACUUUAAACAAUAAUAUUUUAACGAAAAGUUAUUCAGGAUUUAACAAUAUUAAAAAUAUAAAUCAAUACAAUUCUAGUACAGCUGGAGCUGUCAAAAAGGACCAAGUUUUUAAUCCAACAAAAAAACCGAAUCUUUUGAAAAAAGUUGUGCUCAAACCCAACCUAUUAGAAAAAUCACCCGAUCAAACAAGCCAUAACGAAAAAAAAAAAUUUUACGACGUUGGCCGAGAAGAUGAUCAUAGCUUCAACAACGAUCUUACCAGUAUAUUCGCUAGGUCGGAAGUAAAUUCAGAAAUAAACAAAGUACAAAAAUUAACUGAAACAACUGAGGUAUCGCGACCAAUAAUUAAAUCAAAUAAUGUAAUAGAGUUGAGUGAUGUUAAAUUAGAUGUAAAAAAAGAAUCAUCUAAAGUGCCAAACAUAAAGAAGUUUUCACGUGUAGAAAAAAAAAGUAUUACUUUGCGUAACAUUUCUAUUGAAUCAAACACUAAUGCAAACAUAGCAGUAAUUAAUUCUCCGUUGUCCAAAUCAAGCUUUGAGCAAAGUAUCAAUACACGAUUUGAUCCACCUCCUUUAAAAAGCAGAAUUUUAAAAGAUUCAAUUAAAAGUCUAGAAUUAGUUAAAAAAUUAGAAACAAGAUCUUCGUUUGAAAUUGAGAAAAACCAUGACGAUAGGCUAGAAAACAAUUUUGUAUCGUAUUCUGAUUUAUUAAAACCGGAUCCAGAUUCUGCUUCUCAAUCAAAUGUACGGAUUGAUAAAAAGAUUAAUGUUUUAAAAAGCAAUUAUACUCGUGUUUUUAAUAGUAAAACGUUUGAUAUGAACGAAAUUAAAAAUGAAAAAAUACGUAAUAUAAAUAUAUUAAAAGAAGAUGCUGGAAAACGAUUGAUUCAAUCACAAAAAACCGAUGAUCUUAAAAUUCUCAAAACCGGACAAGCAAUGAAUUCCAAUAUCAAAUUAUCACUCGCAUCAAAUACUUUUAAAAGUGUCAAUAAAUCACGUUGUUAUAAUCGUUUACAACUGAAAAUAUCACGCCAAUAA